AAAGACCACGAUGAUUUCUCUUUAGCGCCAGCAGCUGUUUUCUUUCGAAACUUUGCUUUUUUUGCCUCUCACACGAGCGAGCAGGAGAAAGGCAAGGCUGGGAGAUCCAGAUGCGAGGAGAGGGAAGGAGAACUCCGCGGAUGGUCUGAGCUGUGCCGAGGCAUUGUUCACUGCUGCCUCUCGGUUACGUUUAAAGGCUGAAAUAUCACGAGAUCCACUCAAUGAUCCUUUUCUAAUUCGAGGGACAAAAUGUAAUUUGCUGUAGCUCUGCUUUCUCGGAUGGGAAUACUAUCCCUAGGUUUCAGAGGGAAGAACUAGGCAUCGCGGUUCGCACACACAUGGAUUAAGUUGAACAGCGGCGAUUACAUCUGCGCUGAGAGCAACAGUAGUCCAGGGCUGACUUUUCAAAUCUCAGCCCUCCGAGUUGGAGGCUCCCUUGAAUAGACUUCCUCCAUUCCCGGAUGCACUUCUCCAAAUUCCCACUUCUCUCUCGAAUUCCUGGGAAAUUGGGGGCUUGCCUGCAUUUCGCCUUGUCAUGCAAAACGGCGUUUUCACAGAGUGAUUAUGCGCUUUCUUUUAGCUGUACCUGACGGGGUAACACGAACUCCACGCACCAUAUUGCCAACACGCGGAGUGGAUAUUGACGUUUGCGAUUGAAGAUUUUUUUUUUCCUCCGUCGAUUUUUUUGCCAAGUCACAGCAGUAUGAGAUGUCUCAUUAAUCUCGCGGAUGUGUCUAAUUCUGGAUGUGCAGUGAUACAUAAAAGUGCUGGUGUUUGUAUCCAGCGGAACACUGGAUGCACGGCAGAGAUUGGUGAUUUUUUUUUUCGCAGCGCCUAACGUGCAAACCGCAAGCAUCACUUUAACGUGACAAGGGAGAGGCAUGCAGCUAUCGCAACAUUUGCGAGAUCCUCGUUCUUGACACUCGAAUAAUUUAACGUUCCUAAGAAGAGGUUAAACCUUCAUGCUGCUUCUUCAAAUUGAUUUUAAGGGGCUGCUAUAAAUGGAGCAUCAAAAAUCUUCGGCAGGGCUACUCCGAGCGGAAUAUGCAAACUGCGAGCUAGAAGCAUCCUAGCCCGAUGUAAUAUCGUACAUUGUGUGUUCCAGCACUUUUUUUGUCAUUACGUAAAGGCUCCUGGAAACACCUUGGAUAUUUUACAUUCUCCUUUCUCUGCUGGAAGCAAUCAGCACGCAGGAAUCCUGACGUGGGCUCUGGGACUAUAGGACAUUCCAGCUCGUGAUCCAGCACGGUUAAUCGUGAAAAGUGUAUACAUUUCUGGCUUAUCUAUGCUUUGUUAUGGGUCUGACGUGAGCUCACGUCCUCCUCCCCCCUCCUGCAAUAUUACUGGCAGAAUUUCAGUUAAAAGUGUUAUAGUAUCACGGUGCGGGAACCCGUGGUAUUCAGACAGCAAAAAUAACCUUAGUACCCGGCUAUAAAAAGCUAAUUAAGCAGAAGAGGAAAAUCAAGAGAAACUCGAAAAUCAGGAUGCCUUGAGACAAAUACAGCAUCUGGCUGAGGAUUGUGUGUGUGUGGCUUUUUCUUUUUUUUUUCUUUUUUUCUUUUUUUUUUUUCAUCUCUCUCCCUCUCUGCAAAUGCUGGGAAUAAUUUAAUUCACGAAAUGGGAGACCUGAAGUCGGGUUUUGAAGAGGUGGAUGGCGUGAGGCUCGGCUACCUCAUCAUUAAAGGAAAGCAAAUGUUUGCACUCUCCCAGGUUUUUACAGACCUGCUCAAAAACAUCCCGCGAACUACCGUGCACAAGCGAAUGGAUCAUUUAAAAGUAAAAAAACAUCACUGCGACUUGGAGGAGUUGAGGAAACUCAAAGCCAUCAACUCCAUCGCUUUCCACGCUGCCAAAUGCACCCUGAUCUCCAGAGAGGACGUGGAAGCCCUAUACACAUCCUGCAAAACCGAACGGGUUCUUAAAACGAAACGGAGGAAACUAAGCCGGGCGCUGUCUGCCACCGAUCUCCGGCCGGAGCUCGCUCCCCCCGACCCCUUCUCGGGCUUCUGGAAGGAGAACAAACUUUGGCUGGGUCUGAGCGACUCUCCUCGGCCGCUGCUGCCCGUCCGGAGGAAAGCUCUGCGCCCGGGGGACACAGCCUUGCUACCGGCCGCUCAUCUACCUCACAUUUUUAGUAAAUACACUGGCCACAGCUACCCAGAAAUCGCUCGGGCGCCUUGCAAAUCCCCCGUAAACUAUGAAACGGCGCCGGCGGUGGGCGGCUGCGCGCCCCUGCGCUCCCGUCGCCCGCUCGCCGCCGCGGCACGGCCCCGGCUCCCGACCGCCGGUCCCCCGCCCCUGCCCGCGCUGCCGCCGCCGCCGCCACGGGGCGGCCGCCGCCGCCGUCACGCUGGGCCCCCUGGCGGCGCCCGCCGGCCCCUGGCCCUGCCCCGGCCCUGCCGGCCCCGUGGCGCGCCGCGGCUGCCGCUGCCGCUGCCCCGGGGCUUCGGGCCGCCCGCCUUCCCCGAGAGCGGCAGCAGCGACUCGGAAUCCAGCUGCUGCUCGGGCCGCGCCGCCCACGACUCGGACUGCGGCUCCAGCCUCUCCAGCUCCAGCGAGGGCAGCUCGGAGGAGGAGGACGAGGAGGAGGAGGAGGACGAGGAGGGCAGCGGCGCCUCGGACUCUAGCGAGGGCAGCUCGGAGGAGGAGGAGGAGGAGGAAGAGGAGGAGGAAGAGGAGGAGGAGGAGGACAGCACCUCGGACUCCGACUCCAGCUCGGUCUCCAGCCAGGUUUCGGUGCAGAGCAUCCGCUUCAGGCGCACCAGCUUUUGCAGCCCGCCCGGCGUGGUCCACGCCAACUUCUUGUACCAUCUGGCGGCCGCCGCCGCCUCCCGGCCCCCGGCCCCGGCGGAGCCCGGCGGGCUGCCCGCCCUCCGCGGCGCUCCCGGCGGAGUCAAGCCGGAGCUGCCGGAGGAGUGGGGCUGCCCCGGCUGGGCUCCCGCCGCCCCGGCGCUGCGCUGCUCCGGCGGCCUGGGGAGCUGCUUCGCGGAGAUAAGAGAUGAUAGGGUAUCCGAACUCACAUUCCCACACUCUGAAUUUUCCAAUAAUGCCAAGAGUACUGACCUAACAAUUAACUGUGUUGCAAAGGGGGCCUCUUCACCUAGCCCAAAGACAAACAAUGCAUUUCCACAACAAAGAAUACUCAGAGAGGCAAGGAAAUGCCUUCAAGCAACUACUACACACCGUGCAGAUAACAAUACAAUAGCUGCUAGGUUCUUAAAUAAUGAUUCUUCAUCAGCGGCAGCAAAUUCAGAGAAAGAUUCCAAAAUCCCUCAUUGUAUUGAAUUUGCCACGGAUUUGCCCUCUUUACAAACUGAUCCUGCGGAGGAUGCUGCUUCUCCAGGGGCAGCAGCAGCAGCUGAGCUCCAGUGCACUGAUACAGGCAAUAAGGCAUUGCCAUUCCUGCACAGCAUUAAAAUCAAAAUAGAGGACAGCAGUGCGAACGAGGAGUAUGAGCCUGAUCUUACAACACAUAAGCUAAAGUGUGAGUGCAAUGAUACUAAGGAUGAGUUUUACGGUGUGACUGAGAGUAAUAACCAGGACGCUUUAUUAACAGCCAAGGAAGAUUCUGCAUGCACUGAGAAAGAAACCACUUCCUUAAACCCACUGACUCAGAGUCAGGUCCUCUCAUGCACUUUAGGUACUCCAAAACCUGAGGAUGGGGAGUAUAAAUUUGGAGCAAGGGUGAGAAAAAAUUACAGGACACUGGUUUUGGGAAAGCGACCUGUACUGCAGACUCCUCCAGUCAAACCAAAUUUGAAAUCAGCUCGAAGCCCACGUCCUACAGGUAAAAUUGAGACACAUGAAGGAACACUGGAUGAUUUUACAGUUAACAAUAGACGCAAAAGGGUAGCCAGCAAUGUAGCAUCAGCAGUGAAAAGGCCAUUUAAUUUCAUGGCAAAUUUUCCCUGUCCACCAUCACUAAUUAUUGGCAAUGAUGGGGAUUUGUUGCCAGCUUAUUCCUUAAACACCACUAAGGAUUCCCAACCACCUCACAAGGCCCAUCCUGUAUGGAAAUGGCAGCUGGGCGGUUCUGCAAUACCUCUUCCACCUAGCCACAAAUUCAGGAAAUUUAAUUAAUAAAGUAGUUUGGAAAAUAUUUUCUUGAACCACCUUUAACUUUCUUACCUUUUUUUUUUUAACUCUGCAGCAUGGUUUGUACAAACCCAUUAAUGCUAUACACUAUUGGAAUCCUGUUUUAUCACAUUGUGAAGACAGAAUCUGGAUUACUAUUUUAUUUACCAUUACAACAGUGGGGGUUUUUUCCCUUAUUUUGGGAUCUUGGUGGUUUUUUUUUGUUGUUGUUGUUGUUGUUUUGGGCCUGUUUGUUUGUUUGUUCUGUUGCAUUGUUUUUGGGUUGUUUUUGGUUUUGGUUUUGGUGUUUUUUUUUUUUUAAUUAUGUUACAUUCCACAGAGUACUUCAGGCUAAAGACUCAAGUUAAACUCAGUUAUUAUGGUAGAGCUGGAACACUUUACUGUUUAAAUGCUAAUAAUGCACCAGUACCUCAAUUCAACUGCUGCAAAUAAAUGUCAAAAGGUUGAAUAAUAAAUAUUAGAAUGAGCCAUUAAAUUUAUGCACUAGAUUUUGAAAAUGGAAGUCUAACUGUUAAUUCAGUUAAACUUUGUUAAGUUACAUGGUUGCACAGUAAGGGUUCACUAUAAUUCAAUGUGGCAGCAGUAUACUUUUCGGGAGCUUUGUUUUCGGGUGCAGGGGUGUCUUUUUUGAAGGGCAGUUGCACUUACUCCUUCUCCGGUUUGGAAAAGACUGGGGUCCGCCUGCGACCCCAGCGCUGGGAAAAGCUGCCUCAUUUGAAACCAGUAAAUAAAUGUGGAAUUCUAUUUUUGGUAAAAGGGUGUCUUUUUACUUGUACAGCCACUCUUUGCAAUUGGGAAGCCUUUUUGUUUCACCCAGAGGUCUUAAAUAAGGUUACUGUUAUCCACUAAUGUCAUACUUAAGUUGUGGUCUGAACAUGCCCCUUGCAAACUUGCAAAGCAACUAAAAUAUUUGCCCGGCCAGCAGUACAAUUUAUGGUCCAGCCCCUCAUGCUGGCUGGAGGAAAUAGCAAAGCAGUAAAUACAACACAGAAAGUGAAAUGAGAGGCCGUAAGUGGAAAGAUUACACAAAAUGAGAAGACCAUGUUGUUCAUAGCUUUUUGGCAACAAAACUCAGGCGAUUCAACCAUGUUACACUUCCCGGUUCUAUCCUCAUCUCUUGAAAUUUGCUGUCGUGGGUUUUUUUUUGCCAUGCCAUCCUCUCUAUGUAGCAGAAACAUUUUUACUGCACGUGACAAUCAGAGGCAAUUAUCUAUAUUUGCACUUAAUAUCAAAAUAGUCAAACAGGCAGACUUCUAGAGUCUAGCCCUCGGUAAGACAUGCUGGUAUAAUAUAUUGUGAUGAUGGAAGCAGUAAAUCAAAAUUAUGGAAAUUUGCACUGUUGAAAAGCAUGCUUUAGCUUUAUUUUCAAUUAAAAACACUGUUUAAAAAA